CACUCUUGUCGCUUCCAUUCAUCUCCUCCUACUGUUUCUCUCUUCUCUGCUCAAAGAUUUCAUCUUUUUCUCUCUCUUCUUCUUAAUCUUCUAAUCUCUACUGAGUUGAGCUGGGGGUUUCAAGAUUUUAGCUGGGUUUUCUGGGUUUUGCUUUGAUAACUUGGGGACCAACUUUCUGAAGCUCAAAAUGAGAGCAAUGCAGCAGAAGGAAGCCAGCAAUAAGAAAGCUGAUUCAGAGGUGAAUGGAUCUGUCUCAAAAAUGCAUGAGAAAGAUUAUAAUGAAGAAACAUCUUCUGAUGUGACCGAGUCUAACUCUGGAAAAUCCCAGCAAGCAAUUGAGAGCUCUGAAACCAACAAUUUAAACAUGAUCACUUGUCCAGAGUGCCCAAAGAUUUUCCCCACCCCAAAAGCUCUCUAUGGUCAUCUAAGGUCUCACCCUGAAAGAGCUUAUCGGGGCGCAAACAAACCGGUCAAGAAUCUCAAGCGACGAUCCAAUCAAACCUCGACAGUCACAAACUGGCGACGAUCCAAUCCAACCUCGACGGUCACAAACUGGCAACAAUCCAAUCCAACCUCGACGGUCACAAACUGGGGCUUACGCGCAAAGAGAGGGCGAACUACUCCAGAGGAAUUUGCUGCACAGACCCUGUUGAUUAUUUCUGAGACUGUAGUCAUAGUGCCUGUCAAAAGACCAGAAGAAUCUCCUAAGGGAUCAAAGACCUACCAAUGCAAUAUUUGUGACAGAACUUUUGCUAGCCACCAGGCAUUGGGAGGUCAUCGAGCUAGUCACAAUAAGAAAACUGAGCCGCAUGAGGGAGUUACAGAGAAUGGAGUUGUUCAAGCUGAUGCUAGGGCUGCGACUGCAAUUGAGCACAAAUGCAAGGUUUGCAGCGAGGUUUUUGCGACGGGUCAGGCUCUUGGUGGGCAUAUGAGAAGACACUAUAAUGGACCUCCUUUAACCGGGAAUGCUUUGGAGAAUGUUGGGAAUGCAAAUGAGAAUGAGAAUGUGGAGAAUGUUGAAAGAGGAAAUCGCGGGUCUCGCCUGUUUGAUCUCAAUGAGUAUCCUCCACAGUUUGAAGAAGUAUACGGAGCUGCAGUUUGAAGUUUUAGUAUUAGUUGGAGUUCUAGCAUUUUUUUUUUCUUUUCCCCCCUAGGUUUGGAAACUAGUGAGAAAAAGGAGGAAAUAGGGAAAAUUUUGGUUUCCUUCUUUUCUAGUAAAUUCUUCUUUAGGUCUUAUUUAGAAGUUGUGCAUGCUAACAGUUGCUUGUGAAUGACAGAUUCUAGUUUCUAAUAUGAGAACAUGAAUAUACGCUCACUUAUUUUGCCAGUAUAUGGGGUCUAUUGUUACAGCCAUUUUGAUAU